AUGGCCUCUCUACGAAAGAACGGUCUGCUAUCCUCGUGUGAGCCCUGUCGCAAGUCUAAACUCCGAUGCGACCAUCAAUUUCCAACAUGUGCGAGAUGCGCUCGAACGAGCAAGUCGGACCAAUGCAUCUAUCGCCGUUCACCGACAAGAACAGCCAACUCCGAAUCAGCGACAUUGACGCCUACGUCAACCCCCCAGCCAAUCCAAGAUGCAGCUUCAGUUUCAAUCCGCGAGAGUCAGUCGGCUCUCAAAAGGAGACGGCUGUCACAGUGCGAAUACCUCGGAAUGACAAGUCAUUUCACUCUUUUCCAAGAAAGUACCGAUAACUUGGCGAUUUCACUUCCCCAUGAGGAGAGAGCCAACGUCAACAUUCAGGACCCGAUCUCGAACACGAUACCCAUCGAAAGCGAUGCAGUACGCCGAGGUGCACAUAUUCUUCAACUUCUAGCAAAUCUCCCAAUCUAUCAGAGAAUCACAGAAGCUUCGAUUAAAAUGACGCAAGAAAGCGGUGUUCUAAGCAAGCCUGUCAUUGAGCUCACUUUCAAGUCCCUGAAAAGAUUCGCAGGAUCACAAUCAUCUACUGACUUCUCUGCGUUGCUCAGUCGUUCACGAGAGAUUUUUGGCCUGUUCUCAUCCCCAAUCCCAAUUCACUCCUCAGUCAGUAUAAACGACUUCAUGUUAUCCAUGUCAUGCAGGUGGGAGAUCAUCGGCUUGGCUUUCUCCUGCUUAGGAGUAGCUACCGCGCUGCCCGGUGAUUGGGACUCAAUAGUCGAAGGCAAGCUCGUCGGAUCUAGGAAAGAUUUAGGAGAACUAGCAUUGUCAGCAACAGAGACAUGCUUGUCAUUUUGUAAUGAAGCCGGCGUGUUGAAUGAUGCCGUCAGUUGGCUCAUUUCCCAACGACUCUUCCUCGCCACUCUGGUCCACGGCGAUCGAGACUACCGGGCAUGGAGAGCAUUAGGAGAUCUUUCAACAAUCAUUUUCACCCUGGGCCUCAACCAACCUCCCUGCGACGAGGAUGCGCCUUUUUGGCUCGUGGAAACUCGAAAACGUGUAAUGGGCAGUGCUUUUAGCUCGGACAAGCAAAUGGCUACAUUUCUAGGAAGGCCUCCACGCAUCAGUUGGCGCUUCUGUGACAUCACGCUACCCCUUGAUCUCAGUUUCGAUGAUAUUAUUGCAGAGCCAGAGGUCCGGGACAGGGCGAUCAGCAAACUCGAUGCUGAUGGUUGGAAUACAGAGAAGAACGACACACAAGCAGUCUGGCUGAGGGCUUAUUUGAUUAUGGGCCCUGUGCGAGAAAGCAUUCUAGAAUUAUCGCUAAAGCAGCAAGGCGAAAAUCUCCCGGCGAAAAUUGAGGAGCUCUUACAGCAGUCUCAUCAGGCCUGGUUAGGUCUCCCUCCAUUCCUCCAUCGACCGCAGGAUUAUGCAACAUAUGGUCUAGACUUCAAACAGAGUGUCUAUCUCCAGCUCCAUCUGGACUAUCUCUACGAUCAAUUUCUGCUUUUUCGAAUCCUCUCCAAACGUCAAAACACCUGGUCCCCAGAUCUUGUCAAGGUUUCCCAUGAGAUCCUGAGCGAAGUGCUAUUGCUUAUUGAAAGCCGGGUGCGGUCCAUGAGACUAACUCCCGAAUUGUCUUGGGUGAUAUCCUUCUUCGGUCUUCCAUCAGCCGGCGUUCUUUCUAUUGAACUCGUCCGCCGCGCUUCUCAACAGUCUAUCGACCCGUCCGAUCCUUCAAGUUCGGCACAACAUUUUUACCGUUCACGAGUUAUACAGGACCUAAGCAUAUUCGCAUCUUAUCUCCGAACGAUCGUUCAAUCCCAUGAAGGGAAUUACGGGAUAUGUCAGCAGGCCCGAGAGACAAUUGGCCGUGUGUUAGACUUUAUCUUGUCCUCCGAAAUUGCCCAAUCGGCUCCUCUCAACAUGAACAGUAUUGUACCGGAUCCCCAUUCUCCGAGUUCCACUGAUAUGGCCAAUAUCUUGGACUAUAAUUAUUAUAUCUCACAUCUCGAUAAUUGGCAAUUCGAGCUCCCAGAUACUUUGCUGAUGUUUUGA